UUCCUCUGUGUAACCUUGGUAAUAGCUAUGUGGCGUGAGCGUAGAUUAACUCGUAUCGAUAUCGAUAUAUGUAUUUAACGGCACACAUUCGACAGGCUUUAAAGCAUCAAAAUGUCGUUCUAUGGACAGAGAUCGUGUAAGAAGGACGUCGUUGAACCAAUCGACGGGACGGUAACGGGUGAAAUUCCAACAUGGCUGAAAGGUUGCCUUAUAAGAAACGGCGGGGGAGCUUACGAGGUAGGACAAGAUAAAUAUAAACACGUUUUCGACGGUUUGGCUCUCAUGCAUAAAUUCAAUAUUGCCGACGGAUCCGUUACUUAUCAGAAUCGGUUCCUACACAGUGAUAGUUACAAGAAAAAUAUGGCUGCACAGAGAAUAGUGGUUUCGGAAUUUGGCACCACGGCUUUUCCCGAUCCGUGUAAAACUCUCUACCAAAGAAUUUCCUCCAUAUUUUCCCCUGCAGAAGUGACAGAUAAUGAUCUCAUACAUUUUACUAAAUACGCAGACGAUAUAUAUGCUUGUACAGAAACUAAGUAUAUUAGAAAGAUAGACGUAAAGACACUAGAAACACUCGACAAAGUCGACUUAUCAAAAUACUUAUCUGUAUUCAAUGCAACAGCUCAUACUCAUUGCUCUCCUGACGGAUCAGUGUAUAAUGUGGGUAGUGGAAGUGUUGGUGGAUAUCCCACGUACAAUAUCUUGAAGUUUCCUGCAAAAGAAAAUGACAAAGAUAUGUUUCAAGAGGCCUCCAUUAUCUGUUCCAUUCCUUCCAAGUAUCGAUUUUAUUUAAGUUAUCAACAUAGCUUUGGAAUGUCUGAAAAUUAUAUAAUUUUUGUAGAACAAUCGUAUAUGAUGUCACUUCUUGCCAUGUCCACUAGAGGCAUAACUAUGAAAAGUUAUAAUGAUUGUUUACAUUAUUAUCCGAAAGAAAAUACUUAUUUUCAUGUUGUAAAUGUUAAGACGGGAGAGAGAUUGCCGACAAUAUAUACUACGGAAGCUUUCAUGUUCUUUCAUCAAAUAAACACAUAUGAAGAAAAUGACCAUCUUAUUUUAGAUAUUUGUUGUUACGACAAUGCCGACUUUGUUAAAUCGUUAAUUUUCGAUAAAAAUACAAAGGCCAAACAAUUUAUCAAUAGUUGCCAUGCAAGACGAUUUGUUUUACCAUUAAACAUUCAGAAAUCCGGUAAGGUUAAUCCAGAAGAGAAUUUAGUUAAAUUAGAAUAUUCGCAAGCAAAAGCGUAUCUUCAGAAAGAUGGAAAAAUCAUGUGCCAAUACGAAAGCCUAACUCCCGAGGAAGUCACAAUGAUGGAAUUACCAACCAUCAAUUAUAAAGUAUAUAACGGUAAACCUUAUCAAUACUUCUAUGGAAUCGGAUUUGUAGCUUCAAUUGAAGAGAGAUGUUUGAUCAAAGUAGAUGUUAAGAACAAGUCAAUACUGAAAUGGAACGAACCUAAUACAUCUCCUUCAGAGGCAGUCUUUGUUCAGAAACCAAAUUCUCUUGUGGAAGACGAAGGAGUGAUAUUAUUUUCAGUGUUACACGAUGACAACGAAGAAAAAGUUUCUCUUGUAAUUUUGGAUGCACAGAACUUUAAUGAAGUAGCCAGAGUAGAUUUUAUGACUGGAUCCAUUAUACCUGCUGAUUUCCAUGGUUUGUUUCUUGAAAAUUGAAUUGUUUUCUGUAAAAAAUCAUAAGAAUUUGUAUCUCAUAUAGAUAAAUGGUUUAUUUGAUACAAUGCUUACACUCUGUGUAAUAAAAUUUAGCAUAUUAAAAUUAUAAAUUUAAAAUGA